AUGAUAAGAGCCAACAGAGACUUGUUCGCCUGGACACCGGCCGACCUGCCGGGCAUAGACCCAAGAGUCAUGUCGCAUCAUCUAGCCAUCAAGGCGGAAGCGCGUCCAGUAGCCCAACGUAGGAGGAAAAUGUCGGCAGAAAGGGCAGAGGAGGUGGCCAAGCAGACGACCAGCCUCCUCGAGGCAGGCUUUAUACGAGAAGUAGACUACUCGACAUGGCUCUCGAACGUAGUCCUGGUGAAAAAGCACAACGGCAAGUGGAGAAUGUGCGUAGAUUACUCUGACCUCAACAAAGCUUGUCCGAAGGAUUGCUUCCCCCUCCCUAACAUAGACGCACUCGUCGAUGCCGCGGCGGGAUAUCGGUAUCUGAGCUUUAUGGACGCCUACUCCGGGAAGACAGUUGAAGUCUACGUGGACGACAUCCUUGCGAAGACGACACGACCUGACGAUCUCUUAAACGAUCUGGCAAGUGUCUUUGCGUCCCUCCGGCGAUAUGGCAUGAGGCUGAACCCCCUCAAGUGUGCUUUCGCCAUGGAAGCAGGGAAAUUCCUUGGAUUCAUGAUAACCCAGAGAGGGGUGGAAGCCAACCCGGAGAAGUGCCAAGCCAUACUCCAGAUGAAGAGCCCGGGCGAUAUAAAGGACGUCCAAAGGUUAGCGGGACGGCUGGCCUCGCUGUCACGGUUUCUCGGAGCAUCGGCAACAAAGGCCCUGCCGUUCUUCAGCCUCAUGAAGAAAGGAAUAGCGUUCGAAUGGACACCCGCAUGCGAGGAAGCCUUUCAGCACUUUAAGGAAAUUCUGGCGGCACCCCCGGUCCUCGGGAAGCCAAAAGAUGGGGAACCGUUGUACCUUUAUCUCGCUAUAACAGGAGAAGCUUUGGCCGCAGUCUUGGUGUUAGAAGAAGGGAGGAAGCAGCAACCAGUCUACUUUGUCAGCAGGGCCCUACAAGGGGCAGAAUUGAGGUAUAACAAAUUGGAAAAGCUAGCUCUGGCACUCCUGACCUCUUCGCGGAGGUUAAAGCAAUACUUCCAAAGUCACCAGAUUGUCGUAAGAACAGACCAAGGGAUCCGACAAGUGCUCCAAAAACCCGACUUGGCGGGAAGAAUGAUGACCUGGUCCAUUGAACUCUCCCAAUACGACAUACGAUACGAACCCCGGCAAGCCAUCAAGGCGCAGGCGAUGGCGGAUUUUUUGGUAGAAGUAGCGGGGGAUCCGGCCGAAGACACGACCACACGGUGGAAGCUCCAUGUUAACGGAGCCUCCAACCAAGCGUUCGGGGGCGCCGGGAUCAUCCUGGAGAGCCCAGCCGGGGUCGUGUAUGAACAGUCAAUUAAGUUCGAGUUCCCCGUCUCAAAUAACCAAGCAGAAUAUGAAGCCCUUAUAGGAGGACUGGCCUUGGCGACAGAAGUUGGGGCAACGAGGUUAGAGAUAUGCAGCGACUCGCAGAUCGUCACUUCCCAAGUGAACAGGAGCUACCAAGCUAGGGACUCCCGGCUGCAGAAAUACCUGGAAAAAGUCAGGGACUUGAGCCGGAAGUUUGAAGAAGUCACGAUCCAGCACGUUCCAAGAGAAAGGAACACACGGGCAAAUCUCUUGUCGAAGUUGGCCAGCACUAAACCAGGAGAGGGCAACCGAUCUCUCAUCCAAGGGAAGAUGAAAGAGCCGGCAGUCACACUACACCUCUCAAAGCUAAACCCCUCCUGGCUGGACCCCAUCACCGACUUCUUAGAAAACGGCAAGCUCCCCGACAACGAAAAAGACGCCAAGAAGCUAAGAAGGGAAGCUGCCAGAUAUGCCAUCAUCCAGGGACAGCUGUUCAGAAAAGGGUUCAACCACCCCCUGCUGAAGUGUUUGCACCCCGACCAGACGGAUUACGUCCUUAGGGAAGUCCAUGAGGGGUGUUGCGGCCACCACAUAGGAGGCAAGGCCCUAGCGAGGAAGUUAAUCCGAGCCGGAUAUUAUUGGCCAUCAAUGAUGACCGACUCCAUGGAAUUUGCUAACGUCCUCCCGACCGUUCUCCCAAUGGGGAGUCGACCUCUUAGGACCCUUUUCCAAGCCGAACCGCUGGCCAGUAUAUCCUCGUCCAAUUGUAGGAAAUUCUUGUGGAGACAAGUCAUAACGCGGUUCGGCAUCCCGGAAGUCAUCAUCUCGGACAAUGGGACACAGUUCACCGACAAGAAAUUCACAGAAUUCCUCACCGGCCUGGGCAUAAAGCAGAGAUUCUCCUCGGUGGAACAUCCACAGACAAACGGCCAGGUCGAAUCCGCAAAUAAAAUCAUCUUGUUAGGUCUUAAGAAACGGUUGGACAGCAAAAAAGGCGCUUGGGCCGACGAGCUCGCCUCAGUCCUAUGGUCCAACCGAACAACAGAGCAGUCCUCCACUAAGGAAACACCCUUCCGACUAACGUACGGGACAGAUGCAGUGAUACCAGUGGAGAUCGGGGAACCGAGCCCACGACUACUCCUGAAGGGAGUAGAGGAAACUGUCGAAAAGGACCUGAUAGAGGAAACCAGGGAAAUGGCCCACCUGGCCGAAGCGGCAUUAAAACAAAGAAUGGCCUUACGUUAUAAUGCCAAAGCGCACAAAAGAAAGUUCGAAGAGAACGACCUCAUUUUGAGGCGUAACGACAUCGGCCCGCCCACCCUUGGGGAAGGCAAGCUGGCGGCAAACUGGGAAGGACCAUACCGAAUCAAAGAGGUAAUCGGAAGAGGAGCAUACAAGCUAGAAAAACUCAGCGGCAAAGAGGUCCCGAGGACAUGGAAUGCGGAUAACUUGAGAAGGUUUUAUUCCUAA